AUGUACACAGUGCUGAACCUGGGUUCUAUAGCAUUUAACUGGCAGGAUCUCUUCAUGGUGCACAACCUGCCGGGGUUUUCUGCAGACUACGUGAAUCCCAUGGAUGUGGGGCAGAAGACAGUGAACAGCCCGGAGGGGGCCACCCCAGGACUCAUGGGGGCCUCAGGAGUCACCCAGCACAGCCCCGACAAUGAUGUCCCCCUUCAAGCCUCCUCCAAACUGGCCAGGUUGUCCCAAUCUACUUCCAAUGACAACAAAGGGUUUGAGGAGUCCAAGGCCAGCGCUCUGGAGAGGUCUAGAACUGGGGGGUCCUGUAAGAUCAUCACCCCCAGUCAUGGGAACUUUGUCAUAAGAAAGGACUCUGCAGAUGGAUUUCCAUUGAAGGCUUCAAACAUGACUGACAGCAACGGGCAGAGCAACUCGGUGCCAUGCAGGAUCGUGCCCCUCCAGAGCACAGAGGGGGGCGCCAACCAGAACUAUGGGAGAACCAGUCUGGAGCAGAACAACGCCAAGGGGGGCUGGGUGCCCAUGAACCAGAGCACCGUCAUCCUGGGCACAGAUGGCAGCACCUCUGUCCUGUCCGGCAACCUCAGCGGGGAGGAUGAUGGGGAUGAGAAUAAAGUGCGAGGAAACUGGUCCAAUAAACUGGAUUUCAUCCUGUCUAUGGUGGGCUACGCGGUGGGCCUGGGCAAUGUCUGGAGAUUUCCCUACCUGGCAUUUAAAAAUGGCGGAGGGGCUUUUCUCAUUCCCUACUUGACAAUGUUGGCUUUAGCUGGGAUCCCCAUUUUCCUCAUGGAGGUGUCACUUGGACAGUUUGCCAGUCAGGGCCCCAUCUCUGUGUGGAAAGCCAUUCCUGCAUUGCAAGGCUGCGGGAUUGCCAUGUUGAUUAUUUCCGUUCUGAUCGCCAUAUACUACAACAUCAUCAUGUGCUACACCCUCUUCUAUCUCUUCGCCUCACUCGUCUAUGUCUUACCCUGGGCGUCUUGUGAUAAUCCAUGGAAUACACCAGACUGUAAAGAUAAAAACAGACUUUUACUGGAUUCCUGCCUCAUUGGGGACCAGCCAAAAAUUCUAAUCAAGAACAGCACGUUCUGCAUGUCCGCCUAUCCAAACUUGACCAUGGUGAACUUUACCAGCCACGGCAACAAGACCUUUGUCAGCGGGAGUGAAGAAUACUUCAAGUACAAUAUGCUGAAGAUUUCGGCCGGCAUCGAGUACCCCGGUGAAAUCCGCUGGCCGCUCGUCUUUUCCCUCUUCCUGGCCUGGGUCAUCGUCUAUGCAUCACUUGCCAAAGGAAUCAAGACAUCGGGAAAGGUUGUGUAUUUUACAGCCACUUUUCCUUAUGUGGUACUUAUCAUCCUCCUCAUCCGAGGGGUGACCCUACCUGGGGCAGGAGCCGGCAUCUGGUACUUCAUCACCCCAAACUGGGAGAAGCUGAAAGAUGCUAUGGUUUGGAAGGACGCAGCUACACAGAUUUUCUUCUCUCUGUCGGCAGCCUGGGGAGGUCUGAUCACCUUGUCAUCUUACAACAAAUUCCACAAUAACCUGUAUCGGGACACACUGAUUGUGACUUGCACCAACAGCGCCACAAGCAUUUUUGCCGGUUUCGUCAUAUUUUCUGUUAUCGGCUUUAUGGCGAACGAGCUGAAAGUAGAUAUUGACAAAGUUGCUGAUCAAGGUCCUGGCAUUGCUUUUGUCGUGUACCCGGAGGCUCUGACCAGGCUGCCGCUGUCCCCAUUUUGGGCGAUAAUAUUCUUCCUUAUGCUUUUAACAUUAGGACUGGACACAAUGUUUGCUACAAUUGAAACAAUUGUAACUUCGGUUACUGAUGAGUUCCCCAAGUAUCUGCGGACCCACAAGGCCAUCUUCACCUUGAUCUGCUGUAUUAGUUUCUUCAUCAUGGGAUUUCCGAUGAUCACUCAGGGGGGGAUCUACAUGCUGCAGCUCGUGGACAAUUAUGCCGCUUCAUAUUCGCUUGUAAUAAUUGCGAUAUUUGAGCUGGUGGGAAUUUCCUAUGUGUACGGCCUGCAGAGAUUCUGUGAAGACAUAGAGAUGAUGAUUGGAUUUCAGCCGAAUCGCUUCUGGAAGAUUUGCUGGGCUUUCGUCACGCCGACUAUUUUAACAUUCAUCCUAUGCUUCAGCUUCUACCAGUUGGAACCAAUGACUUAUGGAACCUACCACUACCCACCGUGGUCCAUGGUCCUCGGGUGGCUGAUGCUGGCCUGCUCCGUCAUCUGGAUUCCAAUCAUGUUUGUCAUCAAAAUGUAUCUGGCACCCGGCAGCUUUAUUGAGAGGCUGAAGCUGGUUUGCUCUCCACAGCCAGACUGGGGUCCGUUCCUUUCUAAACACCGUGGAGAACGUUACAAGAACAUGAUAGACCCAUUGGGUACCUCCUCACUUGGCCUGAAACUUCCUCCUAAGGAUAUGGAGCUAGGAACACAAUGCUAGUAUAUAUGGUGUCUGUACCUCUGUCGUACAGGCUCCCCACAUUCCUCAUAAUGUUCGUCUCAUUCUGCUUCCUUAUCCGACAGUGCAGGUGGCCUCUUAGAUAAACAGUAGAUCCAUUGUUGCAUGCUGUAGCCAACACCUAAAUCGACCGCCUUGCACAUUUCUUGCUUCUCUAUAGUGUCCACAAC